CGGAAAGAGGCCAUCAGACAAGGUCGCUUUUUCUGGCGACACAGCAAGUGCUAGGAACGUGGUGCUGAAUACCAUCCACCCGCUCUGCUUAGAGACCUAGAGACUCACAGAAGCACUUUGCGCAGACAGGAAAACAAAGGAGGGAAGGCGAGAGGACAGGCGGAGAGGGGUUGUGAGCAGCUUCCCUUUAUUACUAGGAAAUCAAGCUUGGUUCCUCCGCCUGGAAGGAGAAGGGAGCCAGAGAGGUGCGGAAGGCUCCUGGGGGCGCAGAGCAGAGACACAGCAGAACUCUGGACUGCGCCUCCGACACUGAAAGGCUUCAGAUCCAGGGUCCGCUCUCCAGAGCCUGGCUCCUCAAUACAAGCUUCUGGACUCCCACCCAUCGCUCACAGUCCCUGUGUGAACGCGCCACAGACUGGAUUAGCUCUGUCUUCUCUGGCCUAGCCACGGAAAUGGUUCUCUGGUUCUGAAAAUCCAGACCUUGUGGAUAAUGUUUUGCUGGUGAAGAAAGAAAAGUUUGAGGAGCUGGACUGUGGUAGGGGGCGGAAAGGGCUGAGGAGGACUUUGGAAGAAAGAAGGUAGAUGAUCAGCUUACAUCUCUGAGCUGGAAGGAAUGAUGACCCAAGGAGAAUGUGCACCAGCGGCCAGAUCAUUGGGAGCCUUUUGGUGCUCUCUGUGCUGGAGAUAGGGCUGGGGGUGUCCAGCGUGGCCGUGGGGGCGGUCAGCUUCAGCCUGGCUCUCCGAGAGCACACGCCGCAGCUCGGAGACUCGUCCCCGGUAUGGAGCGGGGUGUGUUUUCUUCUAUGUGGCAUAUGUGGAAUACUGUGCGCCAAAAAAAAGUCAGGACUUGUUAUGAUCCUCUUUUCAGCCUGCUGUAUCUGUGGACUCAUUGGAGGCAUCCUGAAUUUUCAGUUUCUUCGGGCAGUCACAAAAAAGACCUCAUCCCUGUACCCACUGCAUCUUACUUCCAUGUCUUUGGCAUGUAUCGGCAUUGGGGGUUGCACUAUCUCCUCUUGGCUCACUUGUCGUCUAGCCAGCUAUGAGCAAAGGAGGAUGUUCUCAGAAAGGGAACAUUCCCUGCAUCACUCUCAUGAAAUGGCUGAGAAAGAAAUGACAGACAAUAUGAGCAAUGGAGCACCACAACUGAUAUUUAAUGGAAGAGUACAAUCAAUGUUUUAAAGAACUCAACAUUUUUCAUGUUGUUCAUGAGGCAAGAGAAGCUGAAGACCUGAGAGUGGCAGUUAAAAUGACUCUUGGAUUUGUUGUUAUUUCUCCUGGGCAUCCACUAAAAUUAUUCCUUCUCAGUUUGGCCUCACUCACCCUCUAUCCCUUUCUAGAGGGUAUAAACUUUCCAGAAAUGUUGUAGCUUAGUCAUCUCAGCAGACUGACCAAUUGUUCUGGAGAAGAUUCUUCCAAAAAACUAGAUGGAAAUAGUAGUGAUUAAUACUGUACACAAACACCAUUUGACUAGCAUGAGCUUUAGAAUUGUAAUUGCAUAUUUUAUGAAUAAUCCAAAGUAAACACAUACAGAAUCAACAAUAACUUAUUGAUGUCUUUGUUUUGAAAGACAAAUGACUUUAAGUAUGCUAAAAAUCAAGACCUCAGCAAUUCCUUGUUGCAACAACAUUGUAAUUAAUUUCAAUUUGUGAAUGAAUUAUAUUUCAUAAUUUAUUUAUAAAUUACAAAAAACUAAAGCUUAAAAGUUGAUUUUUUAGUGAGAGAAAGAAUAUUAAUCUGUAUGAUAUUUCUGCACUUUUGAACAAGUAAAUACUACGUAAGGAAAAUAAAUGUUUUCAUUAUUCUGUGCAAAUUGAUCUUCAUGUUCAUGAAUGAGUCUAAGAAUAUUGUGUAUACAUAGGUGUAUAUAUACUGUAAAUACAGAAAAUACAUACAUCAUAUAUUUAUAGCUACGUGAAUGUAAAUAGGUAAUAGGGAAGAAAUUGUGAUGGUAUGAGGUUAUUCCACUAGCUAUGAGAAGGCCAUUGCUCAAAGCUUUCUAAGCCCACAAUGUCACAUAUUUAAUUUUUACUCUAUCCAUGCAUUUACUUCUUUUUCUUAAAUCUAUUGUGUGGUAGAUAAGCAUUGUGGCUGAUAUAUAUGGAGCUGAGUGACAUGAAUAUUGAAGCAUGAAUAUAAACUACUUAGUUGAUGAUAUUUUGCUGUUAUUAUGAUGUUUGUGUAAAAGUAAUUGUUAAUGUUGAUUUAUAAGUGUAACUUCAAUCAUAUAAAUUCUUAUUCUAAACAAAAAUUAGUAUCUAAGAUUAUUCCUGAUAUGUUUAUUUCAUAUAACUUUCAGCCAAUUUAAGCUCUGUAAUUGGGAAGUGGUAACCUUAUUGAAGUUAUACCUUUGCUAUACUUUAUAUGUUUUAUCUCCUUUGAUGAUUAACACGAAGGUCAUGUGUUGGAAAGUAUAUAUUCAAAGUAUCUGAAGGAGUUCUCAGUAUAAGAAAAUUGAAAGAUAAGCUGACAUUCACAUAGCUAAAGCCAGUUUUUCUCUUCCACAAUGCAAUGUUAAAAUAACAACCAACGAUAUGUAUAAAAGAUAAAACAUCAUGGACUCUAAAGAUACUUAUGAAAAUUAAUCUCUGACAACAUACAAAUUAAUAUUUUUAAAUAAGUAGCAUUGCACCAUAUAUUUUAUUAAUUUCGAAAACUAAGCAAAUUUCAACUCAUUUUUCUGAGUUAUUCAAUCACAGUGAAAUUGAUAUAGUUCAUGCUCGGUAUGAGAACACCUUACAGUCACAAGCAAGACAAGAGUUUUCACUGUGCUAACAAAACAGCAAUAAUUUGGUCUAAGGUCCCAUGAGCCUUUAGCAACGUCAUCAGUAAACUUCUUGAGAUAAACUACUUAGAAAAUUCUGGAUGAAAAUGGCCUCUUAUUUUGGUAUAGUUUUGAACCCUUCCUCACUCAUUUGGAUACUUCGUUGUCUGGUAUAUUACAAAUACUGUCCAUAGAUUUGAUACAAAGUAAUGAAUCAUCAUCAUCACUACCCAUUUCAUGCUACACAUAGGCAUGAUAUUUGCCACUAAAAAUGCAAACUCUAAGCACCUCAAAAUCUCAAAUAUAUAUGGUUAUACUAAAUUUCUGCUGGAGUUGGCUUAAUCUUUAAGGAAGAAACCCACUGAAAAUUUUCACUCAAAUUUUGGUAGCAUUUCUCUGUUGGCAUGUAAAAUACAGAAUUAUAAUAUAUCAAUAAAUUUAAUGACUUUUGAAUUUAUUUAUAAAAACACUUAUUAAAAAAACAAAGAAGGCUAUCACUUCUUUGACACACAGAUUUUCAAAAAGAGAUUCAAUCACUGCACUUAUCUAAAUAGUUCACUGUGUGUGUGUGUGUGUGUGUGUGUGUGUGUGUGUGUGUAUGUGUGUGUGUGUGUAAUCAAUUUUAGGCACAUCUUUAAAUGUAAUUAUUUCACCCUUGUGCUUUCUUAGCUCAAAUUGGAGUGGUUUACUUAGGGUAUAAGGUGAUUCUUGAAAUAAGUAGGGGAAGUUAAGAAAACAUUAUUCAAGUAACUGAAAUUUUAAUUUUGAAUGACAAUAAAAAACAUGAGUGCCUACAUCAUAGUUUUAAUAUACAUCUAUCCUGGAUAAAAUAUGAUGUGAUAUUAAAUUAGGAAAAUAUAUGUGAAACUGGUGUGGAGUAUGCUUUAAAUGCAAAAAGAAGACUGUCACUUCUAGGAUAAUAAAAAAAAUAUUUGUAUGUGUAUAUAUGUAUUAUAUACACACAUCUGUUUUA